AUGGGAAACGAAACAUCAGUACCACUGAAAGUAUUUGUUGAUGAUAAGAAGAAAAAGGUGAUGUUUGCAGAAGCUGAGGAAGACUUUGUGGAAAUCCUCUUCAGUUUUCUCACUUUGCCUCUUGGAACAAUCGCAAGACAGCUCUCAAGAAUAUUUCCAGGGGACUCGACAUAUACAAAACUUGGAAGCUUGACUUCUCUCCAUGAAAGUGUCGGGAAUUUAAAUAUGACACUUUUCUCAAGCCUGGAAUCUAAGGGUUCCCUAGUUCAUACAAUAAAUUCAUCAGCUCAUCUUUGUGAAAAACUUAAAGUAAAUCUGAAUCAUGAUCAAAGGGCGCGUGUGUUUCCGCAUGAGGAAAUUUUUCUCAAAAAGAAGGCCAAGUUCAUCAUUACUGAUGAUCUCAAUGUAGUACCUAUUGUGCUUGAUAAAAGCAUUGAGCUUCUUAAUUCUCUUGGUGUUGACUACAUUGAUGAACUACAGGAGAAAACCGUGAACUUUGGCUUAAAAGAGUUCAUACAUCUACUGAAGUGGUCACUAUUUACGAAUAAUUCUUUAACAAAUUGUGUGUUGGGGGGAAGAAAGCCAAGUUCAUCGUUCUUCACAAACUCUACAUUAACAAUUCCGAGUACCUCUGGCCAGAUUCAGACUCAGAAAAUAAAAUUACUUAUACAAAAAUCAAAGAAGAAGGUAUUAUGUGCACAAGUGGAGAAUCAUUUUGUUGAAUUGCUGUUUAGCUUCUUAACUAUCCCAUUUGGUGCAUAUGAACGUAUAACAAAGGAUAUUGGUUCAUCUCCAUUAAUGGGUACAAGUAAUCUUUACAAUAGUAUUUCAAGUUUGGGAGAAUACUUGACAUCUGAGGAUGUGAAGACGAUGCUACUUUGCCCAAACAUUGCAGAAAGUUAUGUUUGUGUGACUGAUUUGCUGCCGAUUUAUGAAGUAAAUAAACGCCAAGGUUCUUUCCUUAACAAAGAACAAGCAACAAUAUUCAUGGUUUCCAAUGAUUUGAAAGUAACAACGUGUCCAUCAAUAGCUACAAUUUCAAAGUUUAACACACAUGGUGUUCCUAUCCAUGAUAUGGAGCUUCUUGAAUUGAGCAUUGGUGAACAAGAGGCACUUUUACUUCUCAAGGCAUCUCUAACGUCAAGAUCAGCUUUAACUGAUUGGUUCAGGGCAUUACUAUCUAUGAAGAAAUUAAAGGAUCUUGUGCCAAACAAUGAUUUUGGUGUAGAUGGAGGAAGCAUGUCUGAAGAAGAAGUUGGUUCCAAUUCAGAAGUAGAUAGUCAUAGUGACAAAUUAUCCGUGGCUGGAGAUGCUGGAAGGGAGUCAGAAGAAGAAGCUGUGUUGAUUUCAGAAGAAGAAAAUCAUAGUGAUGCAUUAUCCGUCAUAUCGUUCGAUUAG